AUGGCGUCAGCUUACCACCUCCCGUCUGAUGCGGUCUGGUUCAUCACGGGCUGCUCCUCGGGCAUCGGGCAGGCGCUGGCCGCGCACGUGGGCGCCGAGGGCUACCGCGUAGUAGCUACGGCGCGGAAAGUCACCAGCCUGGACUACCUCGUCGCCGCGGACGACACCAAGAUCCUCAAGCUGGCGCUCGACGUGACGUCGCGCCCGUCUAUCGACGCCGCCGUGGCCGCGGCGUUGGCGCGGUUCGGCCGCAUCGACGUGCUGGUCAACAACGCCGGCUACACGCUGAUCGGCGACACGGAGAAUGCGGCCGACGGCGACGCGCGCCGGCUGCUCGACACCAACUUCUGGGGCGUCGUCGACCUGACCAAGACGGCGCUGCGCGUCAUGCGCGACGACAAUUCUGCUCUGGGAGGCAAGCAGGGCGGCGUUAUUAUUAAUGUCACGUCGAUGGGCGGCCGGGUCGGAUAUCCCUCGCAGGCCUUCUAUCACGCCAGCAAGUUCGCCGUCGAGGGCUUCACCGAGUCGGUCGCGCGCGAGGUGCGCCCCGAGUGGGGCCUGCAUUUUUGUCUUGUCGAGCCCGGCGGCGUCAGGACAAACUAUGCCGGCAGCAGCAUGCAGCGCAUCGCGCCGCCGCACCCGGCGUACGCUGCUGCCGACUCGCCGUCGCGUGUGCUCGAGGCUUAUAUUGCUGAUCCUGCCUCCACGCGGAACUGGGCGGAACCUGCCAGUGUUGCUGCUGCCCUGCUCGAGCUCGUUGCUGCUGGCAAGCCGAUUCCCCUGCGCCUGCCGCUCGGGCCCGAUUCGUGGGGCGCGCUGAGGGAGGAUGUCAAGAGGAAGUUGAGGGAACUGGAUGAGGUCAAGGAUGUCGCGCUGUCGGUCGGGCACCAGGCGCAGGCUGAGUCGAUUGCGUUUUUGUCUGAGGGCCGGUAG